ACCUCUAGAAUGUUACCCACCUUCUCCUCUGUCGGUUUGGAAUAAGAAAUCGAUUGGAAUCUCAUGGAGAACAACAACUGCACCAGCAAUAGCAACGGGAAAUCAAGGUUUGGAGAUGGAGCCAAGACCAUGAACAAACAAGAAGAAAACCUUAACGUUUAUUGUGACAACAAUGAUCUCAAUGUCGAAAGUGAGGAGGAAGAGGAGCAUGAACGGGAAGAGGCUCCACGUCAGUCCCCGUCAGAACUCUUUUUACUAAUCUUAGUAAGGUCAACGCUGACCUUGAUCUUGCUGAAACUCUCCAGGAGCAGGUACAAGUUCACAUUUUUAUUUGGGGGUAGGGUGUUUGAGCUUGGGUUGCUGCUUUGAGAAUGGGCUAUCUUUUUUGUUUUUUUGUUUUCAAUUAAUUCGAAGAUGAGCUUCUCACGUUUCUCACUUUCUCUGACGAUGAAGACGCUCAUUAAUUGAAAUUGGUUUACUUUAUUCAUCUGAUUUAUUUGUGUUUAAUAUUUGGUUCUUUGGCAACCAUCAUUUAUCUUAACAUGUGUACCAAAAAAAUGUUUCAUUUAUCUCAAAAUUUAAAUGCUUUUCAAGAAACUUAGUUUCUGUGGUUCAGAAUCAUUUUAUAUGGGAACAGAGUUUAAUGAAUUGCUUAGAACAAUUUAAUCAAUUUGUCAUCUUUUUACCUUCUUGUGAAACUUGCGAGUUGAACAAAACCAAUAUUUCUCCAUUGUUUAUCUAGCAACUCAAAGUUCGAUUGUAGUCUAACUGGAGUGUUAAAUACCUUCCUUUCUUUUGUCUUUGUUGUUGGAAAUAUUAUUAGAAAUGUGGCAUUCAAACCUGUAAAAUGUUGAAAUGAAACUACCCUGAAAUGGUAGCAAUGAAGCUGAAAAUUGACAGCAAAUGAAGCUACAAUUUGACAGCAAAUAUAGCAGCAAUUUAGCUACAAAUAUGAUACAAAUGAAGCUGUCAAAUGAUAGCAAAAAUGUGCAACAAGCUAAGUUACAAAUGUUGAUGAUAUGAAGCUGCGAUGAACAGAAAAUGAAAUGCAAAUAAAGGGCUGCAAAAUCACAGCAAGCCUGCAACAAAACUGGUUGCCUUUU